UCUUACACGCAUGCGCUCAAGCCUCUUGCAAUCGCCUAAUAAGCACGAUGCCGCCCAAGCAGCAGCAAAAGGGAGGCACUUCGAAGAAGUCUGACAAGCCCAAGAGUUCUGGUGGAAAAGCCAAGAAAAAGAAGUGGUCAAAGGGAAAGGUCAGAGAUAAGCUCAACAAUCUUGUAUUAUUUGACAAGGCUACGUACGAUAAGUUCUACAAAGAGGUACCAAGCUACAAACUCAUCACCCCCUCUGUGGUAUCUGAGAGAUUGAAGAUCCGGGGUUCCCUAGCCAGAAAAGCUCUUGAAGAAAUGCUCAGAAAAGGUUGGUGUCAUCAUUUCCUUUAAUCUAAGUACUGUAUA